AUGGUUAUUACUUGGUGGUUUAUAGAAACGGUUGUUGGUCCCAACAUCCUUAAAAAGUUUUCAGUUAGUUGGGUGACUCCAUUUUUUUCAAGGCCAAACUCAAUGAAAAUGGAUGUUUUUGGCAUUUUCUUGGUGGGUUUAAUUUCAAUGCUUUCAUCUGUUCAUGGCUAUGGUGGAGGAUGGAUCAAUGCUCAUGCCACCUUCUAUGGUGGAAGUGAUGCCUCUGGAACAAUGGGUGGAGCUUGUGGCUAUGGAAAUUUGUAUAGCCAAGGAUAUGGUACAAACACUGCAGCUUUAAGCACAGCUCUGUUCAACAGUGGGUUGAGCUGUGGGUCUUGUUUUGAGAUUAGGUGUGUUAAUGAGAGGCAAUGGUGCUUGCCUGGUUCCAUUGUGGUGACAGCCACCAAUUUCUGUCCACCAAAUAAUGCUCUUCCGAACAAUGCAGGAGGGUGGUGCAACCCUCCUCUGCACCACUUUGACCUCUCCCAGCCUGUUUUUCAACACAUUGCACAAUACAGAGCUGGAAUUGUCCCCGUUGCCUACAGAAGGGUGCCCUGCAGAAGAAGGGGAGGCAUAAGUGUCAAUAAAGGGGUCAAGAACCGGUUGGCAGUCUAUGUCAAGAAAUUGGGGCCAAAACUGGCAGAGCAACAGCUAUCUUAA